ACUGCCGGAGCGCGCGGUGCGCGGUGCGAGGUGCGAAGAGUGAGAGAAAAGUGUGUCUGAAGAAAGAGGGAAGAAGAAGAGCGAGAAGGAAGGAGAGCAGGGGACCGAACAGCCCUCUGUAUUAAUGGACCAUAAGGAUAUUUAACCAUUUGCCCGGGGAGCGCACAGACACAGCAGUCCAUGCCUCUGCCUUGCCAGGUCAUUGAUGGGAAAUCAACUGGAUCGGAUCACCCACCUCAACUACAGCGAGCUGCCCACGGGGGAUCCGUCCGGGCUGGAGAAGGACGAGCUUCGGGUUGGCGUCGCCUACUUCUUCUCUGACGAAGAGGAGGAGGUGGACGACCGCACUCCGUCCGACUGCGGCUUCACCAAGGAACACAGUCCGGCCGAGGAGGGACCCUUCUCGGUCAGCGAGGUGGAGUACUCAGCCUUCUGCUCCCAGGAAUGCAUCUUCUCCAAGCUGCGAGAGAACGAGGACUUGAAUGUGUACUCGGCCAAAACUUUGCUGACUAUGUGCAAACCGGGGGACCUGCUGGAGCUGGUGGCCACCGCGCAAGCCCCCCACUGGGCCAUCUACGAGCAGGACGACCGGGUCAUCCAUCUGCACAAGGGCGAGAUCCGCAAGGACAGACUGCUUGAGAUCAGCAACGGGCGCCACGGGAGGAUAGUCAACAAUCGGUACCGGUACCGACCGCUUCCUCCUGACCUCGUGAUGCAGAACGCGGUGGGACACCUGGGCCUGAGCAGCGAGGAGAUAUGCUGGACCAACACGGAAAGUUUCGCCGCUUGGUGCCGCUUUGGGAAACGGGAGUUCAAGGCCGGGGGAGAGGUGCACUGCGCGGAGCAGCAGUAUUUCCUCAAAGUGCAUCUGUCCGGCAGCGGCGUGCACACGCUGGUCUUCCGCAGCUUGGAAGACAUGAUCCGGGAGAGGAGGCGCGUGGACGCCAGUGGAAUUCUCAAAGAGCUGUCUUUGGUUAACGGGGGCAAGGAGUGAUCAGGGAUUACAUUUGAUCACCCCCCCCCUCUCUCCAACUCCCCAUCCUCCCCCUCCCCGCUGCGCACGGACGCACAGUUUUUGCGCACAAGCAAACGUCCUGGCACACACACGCACACACACGCACACACACGCAGGCACAUGUAAAAGGACCUGUCUGUGGGGCCACGGUGGCGUCUGGACCGAAGGUGCUCAGUGGAAUUUCCAUCCAAUUGCACAGUGUUGAAAACACUGAGAGACAGCGGCCAUGUAAACAGACAACGCCCCUUCAGAUAAGAAUUCGUGCGUGAGUGGGGACACACGAUUUCUGAGAAACUCAUUUCCCCGAAUCCCCUUUACAGACCCGACACGGCGCACACGGCUCGGUUUGGUUUUCUGUUUAAUUUCUCGGGAUAAUGGAAUUGGCCCCCCUCUCGGCGUGGGGCGCGUGCUGCGGCAGACCAGACGGUGAGAGAUGGAGGGGUGGGAGAGGGAGAUGAAAGAUAGGAUAUGGGAUGGCUCUCUAAAAGUCUCCCUUCUAUUUUUUUACUGUUAGCUUUAAGACCGCGACUGGCCAUAACACAGAUCCACUCAAUCAGAGACCUCUGACUGCGCCAGAUGGCUGCGCAGUUGCCUAAACAAAGCAGUUGGGCUUGUUCAAGCUCCCCUUUUGCCAUAACAAGAGUAUUGUCGUUCUCACAAUGCUGCCAUCCUGCUCCACAGCACUGGAUGUAAGUGUAAAUUGUAUUCAUAUAUUGAUUUCAAUUUGAGUCCCUUAUUUUUGUAUUUAAGUUGAGUGGAAAAUGAUCUCUUUUGUUGUUUCAAAUAAAUGGAGAUUGAAAUCUGAAAAUGA